CGUGUAGAGAAACAGGCGACAUACUCAUUUCAACCGCAAUAACGUGUAGGACGCGAAACACUUUCCUUUGUUUUUUUUUUUCUUCCUUUUUUUUGUUUUCGAAAAUUGUCGAACUGGUUCGAGUAAAAAUCGUAGGAGCCGUCUUUGGUUAAGUUUUUGUUUAUAUUUUUAAUCUUUGUGUAAAAGAAUAUCUGGAAUUAAAUUAUCUUCGAAGUUUGUGUAGGGUUGUUGUGUUUGGUUUCUGUGCUUAGUUUGAAUUACCAUUCGUAAUGCGAUUUUUGAUCAUGUGCCACUUUUAUUGCGGCACUUGCAUUCAGAAACCGCUGCGUGGAGAAACAGGAAUAUAAUUUUCUGCUUAUCGAAACGAGAAAGAAACCAUUUAUAGGAACCCUUCUGCCCGCAGUUGUAUCGAUAUAAAAUUGCGGUUUGAAAUUCCGUUUCGACUUCCUCUUAACCCUGGUAAGAAACCCAAUUGAGAAAUGCGCAGUUAGUAACGAUAUCGACAUGGAUUCUCGAAUUAGUUUGGAUUACAUAGUAGAGAACCCCGAUUACACCAAGAAAUUGGCUACUGUAUUGGAUACAAGUAAUGUAAGCGUUAAGAAACAAGUUUUUGAAUUGCUUUCUGCACUUUGCGUUUACAAUGUAGAUGGCUAUCAGAGAGCUCUGGAAGCCUUGGAACAUUAUAAAGUGAGUCUAUCUUAUAUGGGAAAGAAAAGUGAUUUAACUGAAUUUCAACGUCGAAUAAUUGUGGGUGCGAGAUGUGUCGGAACGAGUAUCAGCAAAACGGCUGCACUUGUAAAGUGUUCUAGAGCAGCAGUUGUUAAUGUGUACAAAGAAUGGACAAUCAAGCAAAAAACCGGGUCUCAACGUCAGACUUGUGGUCGUCACAGGGUACUGAAUUCUCGAUCAGAGAGAAGGCUGGCCAGGGUUGUGCAGCGCAACAGGAGAGCAACAGUGCGACAAAUUGCAAGUGAUCUUAAUCAAGAAGCAACUGUGAACGUCUCUGAACGGACUGUUCGACGCACAUUGCGCCGUAUAGGGUAUGGAAGCAGACGACCUGUUCGUAAGCCUCUACUGUCUGCUUUAAAUAAGCGCAGACGUCUCCAAUUAGCAAAGGAGCACAAACAUUGGACAGUAGAUGACUGGAAGAGGGUCAUGUGGUCCGCUGAAUCACGAUUUCAAAUGCAUCGCUCAGAUGGCAGGAUGAGAAUAUGGAGAAAACAGCACGAAAGCAUGGACCCCAACUGCAUUGCUACCUCACUUCAAGCUGGUGGUGGCAACGUUAUGGUAUGGGGAAUGUUCUCUUGGUAUUGUAUGGAUCCUUUAAUUCCUGUACCACAACGCCUUAAUGCCCAAGGGUAUUUAUGUUUAAAAAUACUUGACGUUGUUUCCAAACUGAGAUCAACGUUUUCCGAUGCCGUCGACAGUGAAUUAUUUGUGCAGUUAGAUAUAUUUGACGAGCAAAGAUAUGCUGAUGAUUGCCAAUCAUCUGGACCAAAUGGAGUCGAUUUAAAUAGUCACCAAGACAUAUUUUAUGCUAUUCUGAAACAGGUAACAGACACACCUCAGGAAAUACCAUUUCUAAACAUUCUCCAGCAUCUUCUUCGAAUAGAUUCUUCCUUACCUAUCUCAGACUUAAUUUGGGAUACAGCAGAAAAAUUAGUUCAUCGUGCAACACUUUGUGAAACAAAAGAAGAUUCGGAAAAACUGCUAAGAACUCCAAGUUAUCACCACAGUCUGAACAAGCUUUUGAGAGGACUUCAAGAAACUGGUGGGCGGUGUCAGUGUUCAUGUCAUAACAACAAUGAUGGGCAGUGUACUGCAACUGAGAAUAGAACACGUAAACGAACACCAUUGAACUUAAAUUUUGGAAACCCUGAUAGUUCCAAGACACCAGGCAUUCUUAGUCCAACGAACUCAUCAGUUCUCUUCAGUCCUGAGCUACUAGCUACCUUAUCUAGAGCAAUAUCACCUCCUCCAAGAGUCCCUGGUGCUCCUCUAUUUCAAUCAUCUGCUGGAAAUUCAUCAGUUUCUCAAACAUCAGCAUCUGUGCCUGGUCCACCACCCCCACCACCGCCACCUCCUCCUCCCUCAAUUGGUUUGAGUGGUGCACCACCUCCACCACCCCUACCUCCUCCAAUGGGUGGACUACCACCACCACCUCCUCCUCUACCAGGAGGUUCGACUGUCCAGCCUAAAUUGGCGUCAAUGACUGUCCAACAACCUUCUCUUAAGCUUCCACAACAAUCUACUCCAAAGCCAAAAAAUAAAAUGAAAUCUUUAAACUGGACAAAAAUUCCAAGCAACAAAGUUGUUGGAAGAAAUAAUUUGUGGUCAUUGAUUGCAAAAGCUCAUGAUGGCAGUCCAAAUAACUUGGAUUUUAGUACAAUUGAAGAUCUCUUUUGUCAGCAAAAUACUUUGAAUGGACAAGCUUCUCCAAGACUUGGUCAGCGAGGUGACAGAAAUGGAAGAGACAGUUUAGACAGGAAAAAAAGAGAGUCUUCAGAGAUUAAUCUUUUAGAUGGAAAGAGAAGUUUGAAUGUCAAUAUUUUUCUAAAACAAUUUCGUAGCUCCAACGAAGAAAUAAUUGCCUUACUACGACAAGGAGCUCAUGAUGAAAUUGGGGCAGAAAAAUUACGAGGUUUGUUAAAAGUGUUGCCAGAAUCAGAUGAAAUGGAAAUGCUUAGAGGAUAUAAUGGUGAUCGUCAAAGAUUAGGAAAUGCUGAAAAUUUUCUCCUUCAGUUAAUUGAAUUACCGAACUAUAAAAUUCGAUGUGAAGGCAUGUUACUCAAAGAGGAAUUUGCAUCGAAUAUGGCAUAUUUAGAGCCUGCAAUUGAAACAAUAGAAUCUGCAGUUCAUGAAUUAAAACAUUGUAAAGAGCUGCAUGAAGUACUGUACAUGCUUUUGGUUGCCGGGAACUUCUUAAAUUCUGGUGGAUAUGCUGGAGAUGCUGCUGGAUUUAAAAUGAUGUCACUACUUAAAAUGGCUGAAACUAGAGCUAAUAAACCUGGGAUGAAUUUAAUACAUUACGUUGCUCAGGAAGCUGAAAAUAAGUUUCCUGUUUUGCUUAAAUUUCCCGAAAACCUACCUAGCUUAGAAGAGGCUUCGAAGCUUUCAAUUGAUAAUUUGAAAACGGAAAUUACAAAUUUGUCUAACAGAGUUUCGAAAAUAUCUCAACAAGUGUCAAUAGCUGGUGAAGAUGUUAGACAACAAAUGGAAGAUUUUAUUCAAUUCGCAAAACGGGAGACUGGUGCCGUUCAGAAAGAAAUUGAUGGUUUAGAAAAAGUGAAAGAAGAAAUAGCUGAUUUCUUAUGCGAGGAUUUGCAAUCUUUCAAACUUGAGGAAUGCUUUAAAAUAUUCCAUAGCUUUUGCCACAAAUUUAAAGCUGCUAUUGAAGAAAAUGCAAAACGGCGACAACAAGAAAAAAGAGCUGAAGCUAGGAGACAACAACGAGAAGAGCAAUUAGCUCUGAAGAAGAAAAAUUCUGGAGAAAACCGUCCACCAUCUUUCUCUGGAAGUGAGAGUGAUAAUAUCAUCGAUAUGCUUCUUGGUGAUAUCAAAAGUGGAUUUCAUCGUUAUGUAGAUACUGGAAGUUUAAAAUCAAAUCGUGGAAAAGCAAAACGAUCGUCACCUGAUGGAUCAACUGAACUUUGCCGUAUGAACAGCUUGACAUCCAGUGUUCCUUCUGAAGAAGAUCCAACAGCAUCACCAAGAAUCAUAAGACGAAGAAUUGGAUCUUCAAAUGCCAAUGGUUAUAUAGGAGAUACUGAUGGUAUUGAUACUCAAUCUCCUGACAUAACACCAAAUAGCACUUUACGACGAAGGCGAAAUCGCCUAUCCUCUGAAGAUAGAGAGGACAGUCUUAUUGAUUUCUUGAAGCAGGAAGGAAAAGUUCCAGAUGGAGGAUCCCUUGACAGGGCCUUGAUUAGAAGGUCUGCAAGAAGAAGGAGACCGGAAAUGAUUGCUGCAGAAUUGAAUGAUAGAGAACGCCCAGCAUCGCCAGGCCCUUCACCAUUACUUGAAAGAAAACCUAUUAAUUUAGAUCCCGAGGCCAAUAAACCAAAACAAUGGCGGUUAAAAAUUGAAGAAUGGUUACAAGAAAAUGAAAAAGAGCGAGAAAGAGAAAAGAAAUUGAAGGACAAAAUCGCUUUAGAACGUUGGAAACGUCAAGAAAUGGAACAGAGAGAAUUAGAUUUAUCAUCUACUUCAGCUGAUGCAAAUGAUGAUCUUAAGAACAAUCUUAAAAAUACACCCAUUUUAAGCGAAAUAAAAACCGAUUCUGAAUUAUAUUCCAACAAAUCAAGUUCCAAAAAUAAGAAGAAUUCAGAAUUGAACGAACCGAUGCCAUUGAAAGAUAAAUCAAAGUGGCGAAAAAGUACUUUAAAUGUUGCUAAUAGCAGUGAAUCAAUUGAUGAUGAACGAAGGCGAAACAGAAGCAGAAAACAAAAAUCCGAUCCUGAAUGUGAAGAUACCAUUAGUUUUUAUUUACGUAGCCCGGAAGUUGAUCAUUACAAUCCAGCAAAUAAAAAGGAACCAUUAAAUGAUGUAAACUCAAAUAAAUUUUUUAUACCAAAUACUGUAGAUGAAAUUACUAUGAAUAAAACGAUUGUAGAAACACCUUCUCCUAUACCUAACCCAUACCAGACCUCAAAACUAGAAGCAGAACAAGCAACAGUAAUGAAAGAACCAAAUGUUGAAAAUGUCAGCACUAAUAAAAAUAAAACAUUUGGAAAUAUUACAUCACCUGCUGCUCCAGAAACAACAGUUGGUCGAAGUCGAUUUUAUCAAAGUAUGCGUGAGCCAUCGUUUAAUAAAAUGGAUAAAAUCGAAAAUAAAACUUCAAUCGAUGAUCAUGCACUCAUAACACCACCCCAGUUAACGCCAUCAGAAAAACAUGCUAUUGAUAAACCAGAAUUAGAUGAAAAUCAGAACAUUAGUUCUGGUGUAGAUGAUGAAGGAAACUUUGAUCGAUUUUCCUUCAUGAGAAAAACGACCCGAAGGACGCGACCCAGGCAAAAAAAUGCAGAUGGUGUUGUGACUAUUGCAAUCGAAACAGAAGGCGUUAAAAAAGAUGAUAAUGUUGGAGAUGAUAUUAAACAAAAAACGAAUAGUAGUACAAACUCAAAGGAUACUUUUUCUGAUUCCAAACUGAAAGACACCUUGCCCAAGGAAUCUAAAAUAUGCCAUGAUGAACAAAUUUCGAAUAAUGAUAAAAAUAAAGCUAUCGGAAAUUUGUAUAUAAAAAAUGUAUCCGAACAAGUAAAAAAUCAUGACAAUGCUGAAGAUCAAAAAAGAAAAGAAAAGUCCUCCACAUCAUUGAAAGCCAGACUUUCUAAAAGAUUACUUUCUCUCACUGAAAAUCUUAAAGUGACAAAACCCUCAGAACCUUCUGAUUCAAAUUCUCCAUCCACCAAGUCAGCAACCGACGGCAAAUUUAAUUUUUUGCAAGAUUCUCCCUGUCCAAAGAUAGAUAAAGUUUUGCAAGAAAGGAGAGCAAGCUUAAAAGAAGAAAAACCAAACCCUCCUAUAUUAGAACAUAGAGAAAAGAUAUUAUCACGGCCAAGACAAGAUUUAACUCAAGUGACUUGUAGAAAAAUUCAUGAUGAAUACAAACCUUUAAUGGCUGAACCAAAAUUAUUGAAAGAAAAUUUUGUUCCUGAUGUGAACAACAUUAAAAUUGCCCAUGCUACCCCAGUUACUCAUAAUGCCAAAAUUAUCGAGUCAUAUCCAACACAGAGUAAAGGAAAAGAAGAAUCAGAAAAAGAUGAAGGCUUCGAAGAAACCCAAUCACAACUUUCUGAAGCUGCGUCUCAAGGGGCAGGCUCAAAUUAUGAUACAGAUUUAGCUGAUUCACCUCGAAGUGUGAGACAAACAAAAGGAAAUCAUAUAGAAACCAUCAAUAAUGAGUCCUCAAGACCUGAUCCUCCGGCAGUUUUAAACAUCAUUCAGAAAACUGUUGUUAAAGACAUGGAAAAUAAAAGAGAAAACUUGGCGAUUCCUAUUAAAGAAUCAAUUGAAAAAAGAAAUUCUAUUUCAGGCCCAUCUAAUUUAAAUAUAAAAUCAGGCCAAAGUCCCCAAAAUGAAAAAGGGGCAAAAAUUGUAAAUAAAACUUUACAAAGAGGAGCGUCCUUACGGAAAUCAAACACAAAAAUAUUAACUAACUCGGCGGCCGAUAAGCCCACCUCAAAGCAAAACAACUCGAAUUCUCAAUCAAUACCGAGAAGGCCAUCGAUUUCCAAACUUCAAAAUGAUAAAAGCUCUUAUCGCAAUUCAAUUGAAAGUAAACGCACUCCAAUAAGAGGUACAAAUUACAAAAACUCAAAAACUGAUAAAAGUGAAGAAAAUCCAAAAAUUACUAAAAAAGUAGCGGAGUACACAAAAGCUAUAAAAUCGAUGACUAAUAACUUAAGGGGGUCAAAAAGAUAUGAAAAUUAUGACGUGACUCAAUCAAUGCCUCCCACACCUUCAGAUGAGAAUAAAACAUUUAUGUCUGGACUUACCAAGUCUGACAAUUCUAAGAGAACAAGAUCAACUUCCUCUAUGUGCAGCCCUCGAUCACAAAGCAGACAAUCAAGCGAAAAAUCUUUAGUUUCAAAUUUUAAUCCACCUAGUAGAAAAGGGAGCGAUAAAUCUCUUUCAAGAAGGUCUAGUGAUCGAAGUCUAAAUUUGUCUCGAAAAUCUAGUGAAGCAUCAGUUGUUACAGUUAGAAGUUUUAAUAGAAGGAAUCCUGUAAAAAGUAAAAUUAACACGAAUAAAACAGCAGCUACCGUAAGGAACAAGCUAUAUCCAACUGCAACUACUACAAAUUCCCAAAGCAAAGCAAAUCCACCAAAAACUUCUACUCCAACAAAACAAACUUUGGGAGUGAAUAAACCUCUUAUGAGAUCAGUUUCAAAUGCUAAAUCAGUUACAGCUGCAAAACCAAAUCCAGUAGUACGUAGAACUUCAAGUGAUAAAUCUUGCGGUUUCAUGAAAGCUACAUCAGCUUCUUCGGCUAAAACAACUGUUUCAAAACCUUCGCAAGAUCAAAAGAAUGCCAAACCUCAAUUAAAGUCAUCUUUUUCUAUAAAAAAUGAAAUGCCACAAAACAAAGCUAAACCAAGAAUUUAGACUUUUUUAAGUAAGUCAUGAAAUUGACAUUUCCUUUCUCAAGACAUUCCAAUGAACAAAUCUGUUGGGAGAUAAAUUUGGAAUGCUAAAUCAGUUGCAAAACCAAAUCCAGUAAAACUUUAUUAGACCUUGUGGUUUCAUUAAAGCCACACCAGCUUUUAUAGCUAAAACAAUUGUUUCAAAACCUUUACAAGAUCAAAAGAAUUCCAAAUCUCAACUGAAGUCUCUUUAAAACAAAAAUUGAAAUAGCUCACAGCAGAGCUAAACCAAGAAUAGUUAAGCUUUCAGAUAAACAUUAAAAUUAUUUUUUCCUUUUUCAAGCUAUUCCAAUUUCAUUUUUGAAUAAAACUAUUGAUUUCUUACAUAUUCUAAGAUUUGACUUUGAGAAAGAUUUUCUAUACUUAAAAGGAGAUCUCAAUUACGCCAUCAAUUAGCUGAAUGCCUCAAUGUUUUAAUUUUCGAAAUUUUGUUUAUUUAGUUUGUUUAAGGGUUAAAGGAAAGGAUAGUUAAAAUGCUAAUGACUGUUAAGAUAAGAAUAAUUUAACAAAGAAUAUAAGUACGCAAGUAACGCGGGUUUUUUUUUUAAUAUUCACAUUUUGGAAAAAGACAAAAUUACAUGUUUAUCUGAAUUAGGUGAUAAACAAAAAUAAAUACUUAAAUAUUCUUGCCUUUGUCAUCUACAUGGGUCGUAGUGUACUGACAACUGUAUUGUCUGUCCACCAUAAGAAGACAACUAAACGCCAUACGUAUCUAAUAGUUAAAAUGGAGAUUACGUAAAAAUGGACUGGAAACUUUACACUGGUUAAACUUUUCAGCACAAUGACACCCUACCAUCGAAGGGAACUCACCUCGAAGGUCAAUCGUCUUCGUACAGUGGAAGGAAGACACAAUUGUAUUAUAUUAUUACCUCUUAGUAAGAAUAAGACCUUCCUGAGAAACGCAUCAUUUUAAUAAUUUAAAAGACUUAUAAAUACACCUAAACUGUGCUGUGAAUAAUAAUUUUAAAUAAAACUAAAUUACCUCCAGUCUAAAUGUAAAAAUUAUCACCACUUUAUAUUUUUUAUCAGCAUACCACAAUUAUCCAUUGAUUACUAGUGUAUGACAGUUAGAACGAAAGUUCAAGAAAAAACACUUAAUACAAGUGACUUAGUGUGUGCAUAAGUGUUCUUCAGGACUUAAAAUCAUAUCUCCCUCCAUCUUUAUAUAUUAAUCAAGUUUAUCUGUUCAUUUUUAAACUGUGCUGUUCAAGUGUCAAAAACUGUACUUUAAGUAAAAUAAAUUAUUUUCUUAACUAUAA